AUGCCUAGAAAGAAUGAAGCCCCAGCCCCUGCGACACGAACGCGUGUUUCUCGUGCUCGAGCAAAGGUUGCUUUUCGCGAAGCUGACAGCUUCGCCGAAAGUAUUGAUGAGAACCAGGAAGACAUAGAUGUUGAGGAUGAAGACGGCGGGGAUGAAGAUCAGAUGCUAGAUAUGAUCAAUAUGCUCAAGGAAUUCCAAAAGCGAAAGGCCUCAGCGAGCUCGUCUCGAAAUGCUGCCUUUCAAAAUAAGAAGAACUCGUUAUAUGCGGACGCCAGAAAGAACGCCGAACUGGUUGUCACCGAAGGCAUUGCCUACGUAGAGCAAUUUCGUACUAGGAUUGCUGAACUGCGAGCGAACGAGGUCCCAAGAGAUCAGCAUCUCAAGCAACUCACGACAAUCAUGAAGAGCCUCGAUGAGCCAGUUAGAGAGGUAUUGAAUGUAUAUCCGAACCUCUUCCAAGACCUAUCCCGUCGCCGAGCGGGAGAGAUUAACGAAACCAGUGCAAUGCUGGAGUCACACAUCGUAGAACGCCAGUACUCUCGUCGAAAGAUGAUCAAGAAUGCCAAGGUGCGGAUGGAUGAUGGGUUAGAGCAACAGAAGCUUGCAACAGAUGCUUCCGCCCUCAUCAAACACUAUAAGGCUUUGUUAUUAAUGUAACUGAUACCUGCUGUAUUUCUCGUAUUAUCAGUUUCGUCUCGAAAUUACCCGGAUACUCCCAAGUGCCGUGUCGGAAAGCAAUAAAUACAUCCAUCCGCGAACGAGCUAAAGAUACAUAUAGA